CAAGCCAGGCACCGCUACCAACGUCCUUUAUAAACGUCCCGUAUUCAGGAAGAAUGGCCAUAGUUCGAAACCAACAGCCGAAUGUGUUUGUGAGAAGACCAGCCAAGCACGCGCUGAUAACCAGGCAGCUGGCACUUUCGCAGUUUUUCCGGUAUUGAGCUGCGAAGUGCUAGCGACGUUCAAGCGAUUGAGCUUGUUUUUCGCGGUAGUCAAAGAGUGAAUCGGAGGACGAUGAUCGAUCUGCGGUAGGCGAGUUACGGCUCUGCUUUCUGGAAGAUAAUAUGAUGUUGUGUCGACACUGACAGGAAUGUUUCAACCUUCAAACACGUAUUCCUGCUAGACAGCGGUACCGGUGUCUGAAGGCGUUUCGCCACGCCUCUGUGUUCUCCCGACAUUCUCAUUCGGAUAUAGCUACGGUGAGCAUACUGUGCAAGCGUGUCACGUUUUCGUUUAUUCAGAUAAGAUGGUACUCGGCCAAUUUUCCAUAUGUGUAUAAGUUUUCCUCGCACAAACUACAUGGACGAUCCUAUUCUGAAAUUGGCGGGGAAAGGUAACCUUUCCCACCCAGACGAUAACUUCACCUGGUACCGCCCGGACACUAUACACCAAGUUGCCCAUUGCUUGACCUUAUACUUCCAGCCAAUCAUAUGCCUUUUUGGAGUCGUUGGAAAUAUUAUAUCGCUGAUUGUUUUUUCGUCCAAAAAGCUAAGGACUGUGUCGUGCAAUGUGUACCUGGCAGCACUGUCAGCCAGCAACAGCGCGUUCCUGUUGGCCUUGUUCAUUGUUUGGCUGGAGAUGCUUGGAAUUCGACUAGUUCAUCAGAAUGGUUGGUGCCAGACCGUUAUCUUUGUGACUUACGUGUGCAGUUUUCUAUCCAUCUGGCUUAUUGUGUGUAUUACAAUUGAGAAUUUCAUCAUAACCUUUCAUCUUCACGACGCACCCCGGCUGUGCACCGUCAGUCGAGCGUUGGUAGUGGUUGGAGGUCUCACCUUCUUUGCUUUCUUAGUAUACGACUUUGCUUUAUGGUCAACCAAGGAAACAGAGAUUCAAAAUACCACCUACUGCUUUGUGUCGGAUGAAUAUGGCACCAUUGUCGCGGUUCUAACAUGUGUGGAUGUAGUUAUAACACUUGUGCUGCCUUCACUGUUGAUCAUCUCAUUCCUCAUAGCUAUAUUCAUCAGGAACAUAUCCCAGCCCAAUGGUUUCAGAACAAACUUAAGACGUGUCCUUACCCGUAAAGAAAGAGCCUUGUUACGUGUGACAAGACUUCUCUUUGUCAUAACAGUUUCUUUCAUGAUAUUUUCAGCUCCAAGCCACGUGAAUAAACUGUGGUACUUGAUUUCAACCCUUUCAACAGAUAAAAGUGAAGCGACUCAGAAUGAUAGAGUCACACAACAUUUGUGCCAGUUAGUUUAUUAUACAAGUUUUUCCUGUAAUUUUGUUUAUUAUCUUAUAUGGGGGAAGAAUUUCAGACAUGUGCUGUUUAAUAUUAUCAAAAGUGUUGGCAAGUGCUGUUGCAAGCGUCUGCGACCACCUUGAACAAUUCCCCUUGAUGUCAAGCUGUAUUUCGUCCAGACAAUAUGUGCUUUGUAUUGCACACUUGUAUUAUAGAGCUUUGAUAUAUACAUCUUUGAAUGAAUACGCAAGUGUUGAUUUUCGACAUCAAUAAACUGUUAUACUAUUUUA